CCGCUUGUUUCAGAACCGCUCCACUUUCUCUCUGUCAGCCUGUCCUCGCUUUGCUGCCUACUCUGCCUACUACGGGAUAUUUGUGAUUGGCUCCCGCCCUGCUGCUCUCCCGCCCCCCUCCCCGGUGGUUGUAUGUAAAUCUGGCCGGGACUCCGCCAGCGGGUGAGGUUGGGGCUGGUGACUCCUACUUCUGCGACGCACACGAGAUCCGAGAGCGGACGAGGUGAGAUCGCUGCGCUGCCGGAGCUGUCCACUCCGCCUUGGUGCUGAACUCCACCACGUUUCUCUCCCUUCGCGCUGGCUCUACUUUACUAUAUUUUUGGAAAGGAUUAACACCAUCUGUUUCGGCUGCGCAUUGGUCCAAACUUCACCCGUGGACGUCCCUCGCUCUGUCCACGCCGGAAAUUACCCCACAGUGUCCGUGGAUUUGAGCGGCUGAGCUCCAGGUUACCACUUUAUUGAGAAGUAUUGCUUUGAUCCACUCACUUCUACUCCUGUUUGGAUUAUCUUUUCUGGAUGUUAUACGUCUGUCCACACAGGAAAAGACCAAUGAAGACAGCCGACUGGUGGUUGGUUGCCAUUUUAAUGGUGGGGAUCUCCGGGCUCGGCACCACUGGGAGACCCGACAAAGAGGGAUUCGGGUCGCAGCCCUAUCGACCAGUCGUAAAAUUCCGACACAAGGAUGGGAUCCCGGACAGCUUGCGGGUAAAAGGUUUUAUGGGACACAGCAGCUAUCCGGGUCCAUGUGUGCAUAAAUACUGUGGCUUGGGACGCCAUUGUGUGAUCAACCAUGAGACUGACCAAGGGGAGUGCAGGUGUUUGGAUCAUUGCAAACCACACUACAAACCAGUGUGUGGUUCAGAUGGAAAGCUGUACCAGAACCACUGCGAGCUCCACCGGGCCUCCUGUCUCCGAGGACACAGGAUUACCAUCAUGCACAGCGAGGAGUGCUUCUACAAAGAUGAUGACUGCAGACUGAAUGACUACCGCCGUCUGAAAACCAAGAUUCUGGAUUUACAUGACAAGCGAUACCUGGGAGCUGCAGGUCACGGGGCCCACAAGGACAGCAUGGCAGCCAAGAAGCAAUUGGUUGACCUGAUGUUCAAACGCUUUGAUGUAGAUCGCAACGGACUGAUAGAUGCUAGCGAGCUCUCACAGGUCAUCAAGCAUGAAGGUCUGUCCAAGGAUGUGUCUGAGUGCACAUUGUUCGAUCUGCUGAAGUACAAUGACAUUAACAAUGAUGAGCACCUUACAAAGGAGGAAUUUUACACAGCCUUUGAUGUUUACCUGCUGAACCUCCCAGAUGAGCAGAAAGUCAGCGUCACAACAGUUACCGUUGGACAGAGCGCCGUGAUGACCUGCGCCAUCACAGGAGAGCGGAGACCGCCUAUUUUAUGGAAAAGGAACAAUCAGUAUCUCAACCCCCUGAACCUGGAGGACCUUAACAUCCCAUCUCAGGAUUUUGGGGAUGAUGGCUCACUGUACAUCACCAAGGUGACCACCACCCACAUGGGUAACUACACCUGUCAUGCCGAUGGAUAUGACAAACUGUUUCAGACCCACAUUCUCCAAGUGAAUGUCCCUCCAGUCAUCAGAGUUUACCCAGAGAGCCAAGCCCGGGAGCCUGGAGUUACCGCCAGCCUGCGGUGUCACGCUGAGGGCAUCCCCAGCCCACAACUCUCCUGGCUCAAGAACGGCAUGGACAUAAAGACCAAGCUGUCCAAACAGCUCACCCUGCAAGCUAAUGGAAGCGAGGUGCACAUCAGCAACGUGCACUUUGAAGACACCGGGGCAUAUACCUGCAUCGCCAAGAAUGAGGCCGGCGUGGAUGAAGACAUCUCUUCACUGUUUGUGGAGGACUCAGCACGCAAAACCUUGGCAAACAUCUUGUGGCGAGAAGAAGGUCUCGGUAUUGGAAACAUGUUUUAUGUGUUUUAUGAAGACGGGAUUAAAGUGAUUCAGCCAGUGGCCUGUGAGAUACAGCGGCACAUCAAGCCCAGCGAGAAGCUACUGGCUCUGCAGGAGGAGGUGUGCCCAACCUCGCCUGGAGAGGUGGUGCAGAGGUGUGUGUGGUCAUCAGCUGUCAACGUCAAGGACAAGUUUAUUUAUGUGACACAGCCAACCUUGGGCCGAGUGCUCAUAGUUGACAUCCAGACUCAGAAAGCCGUCCAGACUGUAGGCACCGACCCUUAUCCAGUGAAGCUCCACUAUGACAAAUCUCAUGACCAGGUGUGGGUGCUGAGCUGGGGAGACGUGGAGAAGAACUUCCCCACUCUCCAGGUGAUCAAUCAGGCCAGUGGAAAAGUCUCCCACCACACAGUUCACACCCAGCCGGUCGGCAGACACUUCGACAGGGUGGAAGACUUCUUCAUCCCCGCCUCCAGCCUCAUCGUUAACCAUGUCAGAUUUGGUCUCAUCUUUCAUCGAAAUGAGCCCGUCAUCUACAAGAUCAACCUGGAGACAACGUCUUAUGUUAAAAACAUCAGUUUAUGGGAAUUUAACUGCAUCCCUAAAUCUGUAGCCUACACCCAUGUUGGUGGCUACUACUUUCUGAACUGCAGAUCCGACUCGACCGGCGCCACACAGCCCCAGCUCAUCUUAGACAGUGUUACAGACAGCGUGAUUGGGCAGAACCGUGACGUCACAGGCACCCCUUACAUGUCUCCAGAUGGUCACUACCUGGUCACAGUGGAUGACGUCAAUGGCCUGAUGAGGAUCCAGGCCAUUUCUGAGCGGGGAAAGAUCCAGGAACCCUUCGACAUCCACACCAACCUGCACCUUUCCGAUCUGGCGUUCCAACGCUCGUUCACAGAGAUCCACCAGUACAACGUGUUCGGCAGCUCUGGCCGUCAAACCGACGUGCUGUUUGUGGAGCUGAGCACCGGCAAAGUCAAGAUGAUCAAGAGCUUGAAAGAGGCCAUCAAGUCGUUCGACUGGCCGUGGAGCAGCAGGAACAGGGUCAUGGUGAGCAGCGGACUUUUCGGCCAGUACAUCAUGACGCCGUCCAGGGAGUCCCUCUUCAUUCUGGACGGACGACUCAACAAGCUCAACUGUGAGAUCACCGACGUUCUCAAAGGCAACGUGGUUGUAUGGGUCGGGGAUUCUUAGGUCAUGACGUCAAGACUCACUGGGUUUUGUUUUCCUUCAAAGGUACAGUUGCACUGAAUUUUGUUGCUGAUUGUUUAAUUUUGUAAGAGUAAAAUUAGACGCAGAAUUAGAAACUAAAUUGAUUUGUUAGUCCACUGUCUGAAGGCUGCCAUUUGAACUAUAAAACCAAGGAGGGCAUAACUGAUUAGACUGUUUUUAAGUAGUUAAUUUAUCUCUACCUGGACAUUUGCCUCUGUCAGAAAUGAUUGGUAGUAACUACUAACAUUUUUCAGAAAAAAUCGUGAAGAAUUUGUAAAUGUAUGCAAUAUUGCGUUUAUUAAGUAUGUGAGAAUGCUGUAGAUAAUCCCCUGAGAAAAAAAACAAAUGAAUUGGCAGAAACACUGGUAAACUGUACACUCUAUAUCUGUCCAGAUCAACUCUUGCAGUUGAAGUUCACCCAUCCCCAACUUUUUCCUUGUGCCUUUAAGGAAAAUACCCUCCAUCUAGGGAAUAAGCAUAAUUAUUCCCAGUGUGGCUGCAGACUCCAGCUCAUUCUUUGACCUCUUCAUUCACGGUGCGUGUGGGUCUUCACAAAUCUGCCGCUCUCAUCUGUAUGUCCGUCUAACGCAGCUGACUGUCUAAUUAAAACGAGCCCUUGCUGUGAUCCCAUCUUGUUUGAAGAGGAGACGGAGUCCUUCAUUAUGGCUGCACACUCCAUAACCUUUGAUCCAAAAUUAUAAACCAGCUUUGGAGGGUUUUGACCACUAUCGUAUUUUUUUUCCCUUUAUUUUCCAAAGCGGAAAAAUGAAAGUCAGUGGUGAUGCUAAAAAUCCUACUAGGUUUAUACACAAAGUUAUUUAACAAUGUCUCCCAGCACAGAGUCAAUAUAGUGAUUGCUUAAAAAUGUAAUGACUUCAAUUUCCUUGGACCAAAAGAAAGAUGUUAAUGUACAGUUCAGUGUGGUAAACAUGCUUUGUCUGCUCUGCUUUGCAGCAUGUUUUCAGUGGAUGUUUUAAUUGUGAACUAAUGAAAAAAGCACUCUGGAGGAUGGUGUAGUUGUGGUUUUGUGUAGGUGGUAUUUGAGGACAAGCCUUGAAUGUUAGAAGCAACAUUUUCAGAUGCUUCUGCAGUAGAUGUGUAGCUUGCAAGACACGGAAAAACUGUCUCCUGCUGGACAUAUUUCUAUGCAUUUUCACCCUCUCACACUGACUCUGUAACACAAUGGGCAAAUGUAACUUAAACUCAGUUUAAAUUUAAAUGUGUAUUUAUUAUAUAGAGCUUUUCUGUCUUUCCUGUUCAAACUUCCUCAUAUAUAUUUUAGUUUUAAUUUCUGUCACGUUUUUCUCUCCUGGAGACAAGAAGGAAAUGCUGAUAAUGAACUCUGUUCUGUACAUAGCUGCCGACUGUGAAUCCAUUAGUUUUUCAUGUGUGCACACAUUGUUCAUUUUACAACCAAAUACUCAGCACAGUCCUUUUACAGAAUCAAAACAUUCAACUGUCAUCUUCUUCCUGUUCCUCGGCACAUUUUGAUCAACGCUUUCAGCUUCAUAUAUCCAUGUGUUGUAUGUUCCUUCAUGUGAUUGUUAUUUAAAAAUAAACCCCGCUUGUCAUUUUACUCAAUAAUAAAAGGUAGA